UCGUUACAAUAUUGCACUGGGAAUUGCACAAGGUCUCAAAUACUUGCACCAUGAUUGCAUACCUCCAAUCAUUCAUGGUGACGUUAAAUCUGCUAACAUUCUACUGAACAAUGAAUGUAUAGCACAUGUUUCUGACUUUGGCCUUGCAAAACUAAUGAAUUCAGAAGGGCAAUCCAGCAGCUCCUCUGUAAUUUCUGGUUCUUAUGGUUACAUGGCUCCAGAAUGCGGCUGCGACGUCAGGCCUUCAACAAAGCAAGAUGUGUACAGCUUUGGCGUUAUAUUGUUGGAACUAGUUACAGGAAAGCCAGCCAUAGGAGAAGACAAUGGAGGAGGCCCAGAAGACAAAGGGCUGGUUGAAUGGGCUUCUCAUAUGAGAGAAAGAAAUGCCAACAUUGUUAUAGGCUUGGUAGAUGCAGAGCUCAGAAGUGAUUAUGAAAUGUGGAGCAAUGAAAUGGAGAAGGUGAUUGACGUUGCAUUUCUAUGCACUCGAGCUUCCCCAAAACACAGGCCAACAAUGCAACAAGUAGUGGACAUGCUUUCUCCUCCAUCUCCACUGCUGGCUGAGUAUAGACCAUUAUUGAAUUGAUAAUUGAGUACUAUAAUGUAGAUAUAGAUAUAUGGCUUAUAUUUUUGUAGGCAUGUUUUAAAUGUACAUGCUGUUCUAU